CACUUCCUGGCGUCUACUCGGAAGGCGGAAAAGCGGUGCGGUGGGGCGCUCUGCGCUUGCCCCGCCCGCAGACGGGACGGCUUCUGGCCUCCCGGGCCCGGCCCCCUCCGAUCCGCGGGCCAUGGCGUCGGGGGCGCCGCGGGAGCCUGCAGGCGAGAGCAUCAAGUUGUCAGCAGAUGUCAAGCCGUUUGUUCCCAAAUUUGCUGGGCUCAGUGUGACAUGGUUAGAAUCUUCAGAAGCAGGCGUGUUCCCUAGCUGUGCAACCCCGUACUAUCCUUGUGUUCAGGAAUUACAAGUGCCUGAGCAGAAAUUCUAUCCUGAAGAUACGGCCUUUGGAGCUUCAACAUCUCAACCUCAGUAUUUACCUUCCGAGAUGGCUCUUUGUCCAGACACCUAUUCUCCUUACACUGCGGAGUCAGCACAAAAUAUUUGCCUGGUACCUAGUUCCCAGCAUGAUUACAACCAACCCAGUUGUUACCGAAGUUUCCAGACAGUGAAGCCGCGGUAUGAGCACGUGUUCCCUCUCUCUCAAGAUACGAAAGCUCUGUUUAAGAAAAAAAUAUAUGAUGAGCAAAAGUUUGACUCUAAGAAAGCUGAUGGAACUAUAUCAUCUGAUAUAAAAUCAAUAAAAGGUUCACAUGUGUCCAUUCAUGCUGGCACUAAUUUGAAAUCAGAUGGUUAUCAUAAACGAACAGGCAAGAAAUCCAGAAUCAUUGAAAAAAGUGGACCUGCCUCCAAACCUGAGUUUGAAUUUUCCAGGUUGGAUUUUCCUGAACUACAGGGUGCAGAGAACAAUGCGAUAGUAGAGACACCAAAACAACCUAAGUGGGGGCCAUUGCGCUCCGUCUCUACAGACACUUCUCUUACAAGAGAAGUGGUGAAACCCGCAGCAGUGUUAGCAGAGGGUGAAAUAGUGGUGAAAAAUAAUAAUCCAACUGACUCUGUAACUGAUAAUGCUACUACCAAUCCCUCUUCAUGUACAAGAGAGUUAUCCUGGACGCCAAUGGGUUAUGUUGUCCGGCAGACCUUACCUACAGAACCGUCACCAGCCCCUAGAAAUGUCACUUCCAUGAGAAACAUAAAGAUGGUUGCUUCAUCAGCAGAUCCUAAAAAUGGUAGCAUAUCAGCUUCUCAAGUUUUGUCCUCGGAUCCUUCCUACAACAGAAAGAAACCCGUUGUCCAUCCUACUAUAAAGUCUAAAGUAUCACACGGUGGUGAGCCUGAGCAAAAGGAAGCCUCAAGAAAAAAUAAGAAAAAGGAAGAAAAGUCAAAAUCAAAAUAUGACGUCCUUACAGUUCAAGAGCUGCCGAGGAUUGAAGUACAUAUUUCUCCCCUUGUGUGGUAUAAUAGAUGGGAUACGGAGGAGUUCCCCAAUCUGGCAGUGGCAUCUGAAAGAAGAGACAGAGUAGAGUCACCGAAAUUUCAAUCUAAACAGCAGCCACAGAAUAAUUUUAGAAGUAGUGGAAAGAAGAGCCAAAUUCCAGUACAGUUGGAUUUGGGGGGAAUGCUGACAGCACUAGAAAAGAAACAGCACUCCCAGAACGCAAAGCAGUCCUCCAAACCAGUCGUGUUCUCAGUUGGGGCAGUGCCCGUCCUCUCCAAAGAGGCCACGUCGGGGAAGAAGGGCCACCAUUUCAGCCAGGUGAAGACCCCACACAACCCCUUGGACUCCAGCGCCCCCCUGAUAAAGAAGGGGAAGCAGAGGGAGAUCCCCAAGGCCAAGAAGCCGACCUCGUUGAAGAAGAUCAUUUUGAAAGAACGGCAGGAGAGAAAGCAGCAGCGUCUCCAAGAAAAUGCUGUGAGCCCAGCUUUUGCCAGUGACGAUGCGCAAGACCCAGAGAGCGGUGAAGAGCUGGCGCUCGAGCAGGCUGAGCCCUUAGCUCCAGGAGGAGAAGAAGUGUCAGUGUGUCCCACUCCUGUGUUGAUGAACAAGUCAGAAGAGCCACUGGGAGCUGAGAUCCACAAGGAGGCGGAGACCUCCCACCUGGCCCCUGAUAACACCAGCUGCCCCAAGAUCCACAGCCGGAGAUUCAGGGAUUACUGCAGCCAGGUGCUCAGUAAAGAAGUUGACGCCUGUGUUACGGAUCUGCUGAAAGAGCUGGUCCGUUUCCAAGACCGCAUGUACCAGAAAGAUCCCGUCAAGGCCAAGGCCAAACGGCGGCUUGUGCUGGGGCUGAGGGAGGUGCUCAAACACCUGAGGCUCAGAAAGCUCAAGUGCGUCAUCAUCUCUCCCAACUGUGAGAAGAUACAGUCGAAAGGCGGGCUGGACGACACCCUGCACACCAUCAUCGAUUACGCCUGCAUACAGAACAUUCCCUUCGUGUUUGCUCUGAACCGCAAAGCUCUGGGGCGCAGUGUGAACAAAGCGGUCCCUGUCAGCGUGGUGGGGAUCUUCAGCUACGCUGGGGCGCAGGACCAGUUCCACAGGAUGGUCGAGCUGACAAUGGCCGCGCGGCAGGCGUACAAGACCAUGCUGGAGAACGUGCGCCAGGAGCUGGCGGGAGAGCCCGGGCCCCAGGCCCCUAGCGGGCCACCUGCACAGGGCCCCAGCUGCUCUGCAGAAGACGGUCCCCUGGCUCCUGCCAGGGCAGAAGAGCCACCCUACAUUGAAAUCUGGAGAAAACAUCUGGAAGCGUACAGUCAGUAUGCCCUGGAGCUAGAAGAAUCGCUGGAGGCUUCAACAUCUCAGAUGAUGAACUUGAAUUUAUAAGAAGACUUCUUUUGUGUAUUUGUAUAUUUGGGAUAAGGAGGGGGAGAUUUGAAAGACUUUGGGGCCCUUAGUUCUUCAUUGUUGACCUAAUGUCUGUAAUGCCAUUUGAUUGGGAAGUCGCCCCGUGUGAAGGGCACGGGAAGCAGGCUUUGUGGCAGCCAAAGCUGCGAGUCCCAUGAACGGGCACUUGAGCAUGCUGAUGGAAAACUUUCGUAAAAGCCUUCAGACACAGCGUUGGCCCUCUGAGCACAUUGUGAGUCUGGAAAACACUGGAAACUACUCCAAGUCAUCUGCUGCUGAAGAAGAAUCCUGCCUAUUGCAGAAUAGCUGAACCAAAUUCGUUGGUUAGCAGAAAACGUGUGAUGGGGCUGAGUUCUCUCAGUCCCGGUGACCCAGACCAGCCCUGCACAGAGCCAGUGUCAGAGCAGGAGGGUGGGGAGGACCCCUUCUCAGGACAUGGCCUUUCAGCCAAAAGAUGUGGGCGAUAUUUAGAGUGUUUGCUAAAAUGAACAGAAAUUAUCUUUGACACUUUAGUCUUUAUUUUCCAAGGAAACAAUGUAUAUUAGUUACUAAAUUUCAGUUUUGAUAAUCUACAAAUCUUUUCUUUCUUUUGGGAAUGAAAAUACUCUAAAUUAUUUCUUUCGAGAGGCCUGGAGGGGAGUUUACUUUUGUACUUCCCUGUAAGUAAGAAUGCUUAUUUAUUUUGAAUAAAGAUUAUUUAAUUUAUCUGGA